ACAUGACGUUUUCUGAUUGGAUGCUACUUGAGCGGGAGGGAAAACUUUCAGGAAGUGAUGGGGGUUUUGUUUUUAGCCCGUCUUUGACGUGUUUUACUUCAAGUGUUUUGACAAAAUUCACAUUGAAGAAUUACCAACGACAGCACGUUGUAACAUUGUUGUACAGGACCAAACAUAACAAGUGGACAAUUCCCUUGGCAGUUUCAAUGACAGCUCCGAAAAAGAGGGCACUCCCCAAACCCCUCCCGGAUGGCUUCAUAUUGACUGACCAGGGGAAGAAGAAAUGGAGGCUGGGGAAAAUCCUAGGUCAAGGUGGCUUUGGACUGAUCUACCACGCAUCCCAAGACCUUGGCAGCCCUGUCUCAACGGAUACCGACUUUGUGGUAAAAGUGGAGUACCUUGAGAAUGGCCCCCUGUUCUCCGAGCUCUGCUUCUACAUAAGGGCAGCCAAACCAGAAAGCAUGCAACAAUGGAUGAGAAAUAGAAGACUUGACCAUCUUGGGAUCCCAAAAUACUGGGGAUCAGGCCAAACAGAGUAUAAUGGCCUCAGGUAUCGAUUUAUGGUUAUGGAGCGACUGGGCACUGAUCUACAAAAAAUGAGCGAGCGUAACGGAGGCCGCUUUAAGAAGGCUACUGUGCUCCGUGUUGGUCAAGUACUGGUGGAUAUACUGGAGUAUGUGCACGAGAAUGAAUUUGUUCAUGCAGACAUCAAAGCUUCCAACCUCAUGCUGGGUCAUAGAAACCCUCAAGAGCUCUAUUUAGUCGACUAUGGGCUGGCCCGCAGGUACUGUGUUGAUGGAGUCCAAAAGGAGUAUAAGGAAAAUCCCAAGAAAGGCCACAAUGGAACCAUUGAAUACACCAGUCUUGAUGCCCACAAAGGCGUUGCUCCAUCAAGACGUGGGGACAUCCAGAUUCUCGGUUUUUGUCUUCUUCACUGGUUAUGUGGCUCUCUUCCUUGGGAAAAUGAUCUCAAGAACGCAAUUAAGGUCAUGGAAGCGAAGGCCAGACUGAUGGAUAAGCUGCCAGAGUCUGUCCAGCAGCUUUCAGUUAGUGGAGCCAGCACAGCGGAGGUGGCUGCCCUGUUGCUGUAUGCGAAAUCUCUGGGCUUCCAAGACAAGCCUGACUACCAGCGCCUGAGGCAAAUGUUGUCGACUGGAGCAAAGGAAAAACUGGAUUUCUCUGUACCUCGUGGAGUUGGGGAAAGGUCCAUGUCUAAAGGCAAUGAUCCUCCAACCAGGGGCAAGAGAACAGCAAAAGCUCGAGGCCUCCCCAAAGCAAAGGCUCCAGCCAUGCAAUUGGUUGUUGAUGACGACGAUGAUGACGACGACGACGACGACGAGAUGGAGGAGGAAGAGGACAAGGAGGAGAAAAAGCCAAAACAAGUGCCAAGAAGCAACAGACGAGGGCCACCCCUUCCACAGAAGAGCGAGAGGGUCCAAAGAUCACUGAGGAAGAGGACGACACCUGUGAAGACUUAUAAGGAAGAGGACAGCUCGGAUGACGACGACGACGAUGAAGAGGAGUCCAGAAGCCAACCCAUUGAUGCCCGCUAUAUAAGAGGCCCCCCGAUAGGAAAGAGAGGUCGGCCAAAAAAGGUGUGAGAUAGAGACCCCCGUGUAAACGUUAGGCCAAUUGCUCGCAAGAAUUUUUGCCCCAAAAAUAAACAAACAACAAAAAAAAACUAUUGAGCUGGAAAAAAAGGUCUUUUCUCUUUAUUUGAAUGUUUCAUCAAAGACUUUGGUUGCAAUCAAGCAAACCCUUAAAUUGCCCUCUUUAACCGACAAUAGAUUUCACAAGAGGAUCCCGAAAUACAGAUGACCUCAACAGCAUCGGUGUGAAUCAGGAAGUCAGGAGAAGACCCGCAUUUACCAGCUGCGCGCGUGAGAGCUUGACUUUGGAAGAUGCGUCUUUUGGCAGAGCCGAGCAGCGGGAUAAUGUGGGAGAGCAAACUGCUUCCCGCCAGUCCUGCCAAGUCUUCAUGGCCGCAGCCCUUCUGCUGGCUGUUGGACUUUUCUUGAUUAAUCUUUUUGUCCCUCCGCGCAGGAUUUUUUACUUCUCCCUUUUUCAACGAGAACAGUGACCUUCUUUCUUUUCAUUGGCUCUAAUUAGCUUUUAGGCCGUUUCCUUUAGUUGCCGCGGUACGCCGAGCCACUUCUCAGGACUUCUGGGCUGCCGUUUUCACAGUAAUGGGCUGAAAUAGAGGGAGGGCUCCGCUUAUUAAAUAGUCAAAUGCUUCAUGAAGGAUACUUAACAACAAUGCAAUAAAGUGCACUCUCGUUUCUGACUAGCCGAGCUAUCAAAUACACCGGAAGGCACGCACACAAAUAAGUUCAUUUUUGACUUUGAUUCAAUGACACGCGGCAUUCACUGGCACAUACUUUACUCACUCCUUUAUGACGACGGAGCGAGUAGCUCCACAAUGAAUGCGGCACCUUUUUCUGCUGCCAAUAGCCUUUCAGCAAAGAGAAGGCCAGCCGAUGUACCGAGCUAUGCUAAUUAAGCAUGCUGAAUAUCUAUUGACGACGCGGCAAAGGCCUUUAUGAAGGCAUCUGUCAGUCACAAGGUAGCGUGUAGGCGUACCUUGCUGCAGUAAGGACACUCUCCAAAAACCGUGUUAAAGCUCUGCCUGCUGGCGGGCAGCACACGCAGCCACUGGAGGGGGCGGGGGCAGCGGGGAGACAAAAGAGAAAAGACUACUUCAUCAAAUCGUCACCUUGAAUCCGACGUGUCAAGUGAUCACAUUUGUUUCUAUGCGCUGUAUGCGCCGCGCACUUAAAAAGGGAUGUUCGGGUAAUAGUUUGGAAAGUUGCACAUCAAAGUCUCACAGCAGUUCCCCGACCUGAAGCCUUUGCUCAAAAUAUAGUUUACUACUUGCACUUGGAAAAGAUCCGUGGCGAAUUUGGAAAAUGUUUCAAAUUGUAAACUUGAAAAUGGGAAUCAUACUCAAGCAUUUUUGUCCAAAUCAGGGGACCACUCUACUUGCAUGAAAUUUGCUU